GCGGCACUAUAUUGUACGUCAUUUUCGCUCAAGAUGCACAUGGCAAUUCAUUCAGCUACAUGUCAAUGGACAGCACCCGUAUGAUUGAUGGCCUGAGAUGUGGACAGAACUACACCGCCAGUGUUUUUGGCACGGAUUUCAUUUGCAACAGCACCACCAGUCAGGAGGUUUCUUUUAUGACAGCACCGUGUCCUCCGACCAACAUCGAGGCGUUUAGAGACUGUGAUGCCAAUCGUGCUGUGAUAGUCUGGCAGAACCAUCAGUCCACAGGCCUCUACACUGCGACUAUAGCAGAUCAGAGCGCCGAUCAGCUAAACUGCACCAGCAACACAGUGAACAACUGUACAAUAACUUCUCUGCCUUGUGGAAAGAAAUACAACGUCUCGGUCACUUACAAUGAUGGAAACUGUCCGUCAGCCUCGAGUGUGGUCAGCAUGGACUCAGUGCCAUGUGGUCCUGAAGGAGUCAGAACACAUGUGGACUGCACAACUGGUGAGUUGACAGUCUUCUGGAACAUCUCCACUACUGCUGAGAACUACACCACCGUGAUAUCCAGAGGAACGGGCCAGCUUCUGUACUGUAAUUCCACAGAGGCACGGUGCAGUACAGGAGGACUGGAGUGUGGAAGCUCCUAUGCCGUGACGGUCUUUUCUGUCACUGGGAGGUGCAAAAGCCUGCCGAGCAGAGAGGUCACGGUGGACACAUCGCCGUGUCCUCCCACCAACGUCACAGUGACACGCACAUGUGCUCCACACCCUGUUCCUGUGUCAUGGCUCGUCUGA